AUGGGCAUCAAUAACCCACUCCCAGCUAGCUUGAACAGCGAAUGUCGCAAAGCCAGCCGUGUUCUCGCAAGCUUUAUUGAUCCGCGACAGUCGUUCGGGCCGGAUAAGAUUAUCCCGCCGUCGGUGUUGCAGAAUGCAAAGGGUCUCGCUGUCAUUACCGUUCUAAAAGCCGGCUUCUUGUUCUCUGGCAGAGUUGGUUCCGGUCUUGUUGUCGCUCGUUUGGCAGACGGAUCAUGGUCUGCUCCUAGCGCCAUCGCUACGGCUGGCGCCGGUUUUGGUGGCCAAAUUGGUGCCGAAUUGACUGAUUUUGUUAUGAUUCUAAACGACAACGCCGCGAUCAAGACUUUCUCCUCGGCCGGUAGCAUAACCCUCGGUGGCAACGUUUCAAUAGCUGCCGGUCCAGUCGGAAGAAACGCCGAAGCUGGUGGAGCCGCCAGCCUUAAGGGUAUCGCCGGUAUAUUCUCUUACAGUAAGACGAAGGGUUUAUUCGCCGGUGUAUCCCUCGAAGGGUCCGUCAUUAUCGAACGUCGGGAUGCAAACAAGAAAUUCUACGGUACAAAUUGCAAAGCUUCAGGGUUGUUGACAGGGUCCGUACCUGCGCCUGCGGAAGCCGAUACGCUAUACCGGGUCCUCAAUUCCCGUGUGUUCCGCGGUGGGAGUGGGUCGGAUGAGAUGUAUAAUGAUAUUCCCGUUUACGAUGACAACCACGACGACGAUGUCUGGGAAGGAAAUCGUGGCCAUGCUCUUGGAGAAGAGCGGAAUAGCCCUACGGCCCGUCGUCCAUCGCGGGCAUCGACCUGGCAAGACGAAGUCUAUGAUCGUGGGAUGUAUAAUGAGAAUCCGAAUAGAAGGGGAAGCACUGCAAGGGAUGGUGAUUUAGAUGGGUUCAAUUUGACGAGGGAACAGGCUUUCCAGCGACAGCAUUUUAAUUCUACUUAUACGGAUACGCCUGGAGCACCGACUUCGCAGGCUGCACCGGGGAGACCGACGGCGCCUAAGCCGGAUUUCAAGGGACCGUCGAGAGCAUCGACACUGGGGGCUAACCAGGCCGUUGCACUUUAUACCUUUGAUGCCGACCAACCCGGCGACCUUGGUUUCAAGAAGGGCGAAAUCAUCACUAUCAUUAAAAGAACCGAUUCCAAGAAUGACUGGUGGACCGGCAAGGUUGGCGAUCGAACAGGCAUAUUCCCGAGCAAUUACGUUGAGGCAGUCUAA